AUGCUAAGCGCAGAAGAGGCAGUUCUUUACGAUCGCCAGUUGCGUGCAUUUGGUGCAUCUACCCAGCAGCUUCUUAGUCGAUCAGUCGUCGUCAUUGAGUUAAGGGACCAGUUAUUUGAGGAGCUCGCAAAGACAUGCGCCAUUCUGGGAUUCCACACUCUGAUUUGCCUUGGCCGGCAAAAGAGCAAUGCAUUUGAUCUGCGCAACUUGAAUCGAUACUGUACUGUUGAAGUUGUAGAUACGAGCUCUUCUGUCUCCACGGCCCUGACGGAAGCGGUUAGAUAUCGUGCAACAGACGCUGUAUAUUUCUUAUUAGCAUCAUCUUCGUUGUAUGACGAUCUGCAUGAGUGUAUUUCAUCUUUAAGCACUGCUCAUUCGCGCCCUCAGCCCUACUUUCUAAACUUUACUCAAGAAGACCCGUCCAUGCUCCAAGUCUCUAUUGACAAAAGGCCUGAUGACUCUUACACACUAAGUGAGCACUGUGAGAUAGAAGAUAUGUGCUUUCUUGCUGAUAUGCUUGGAUAUUUUCUCUUUAAUCUCCUUCGUAGUCGUGCAGACACUGAUGCGGAGCACACCGGGCAGCCUCCUCCGUGCUCCUGUACAUUGAGACGAGAUGGGCUAUUCUGGAAAAUAACUAACGGUUAG